ACUGUGUUUAUUCAGAUAGUAACUUACGAUAAGAAUACGUUCACUUCAGUGCAGCUUCUGUCUUCAAAUACAGUAUUGGUGUCGAAUUGACCUCGUGUCAAUGUUAGGACACGAAGGUCUAGGCCUACAACAGGCGUAAAACAUGUUGCCACUAAGUGUUGUGUUGAGGCAAGACUACAUUCGGUUCAUCAGCAUAGCUUUUUUGAUGUUCUUGUCAGCGUCACCAGUUGAUCUUGCAGCAGACGGCUGUGCAACAUAUUAUGAAGGCUGUGGAAAUCAUACGUUACCAUCAUUUUGCAAAUGUAAGUACCUGUACACACGAACACAAGCUGGAAACGCAGAAGUGACAGCAUCUUGUUCUUCAUUUUGUUAUAUUUAUCACGGAUUUUCUCUUGCGUCACUGCUAGAGAGUGUACCCGAAUCAUUUGAGUUUCUCAUAAUAUGUUUAUCCGCCGCAAAUAAGAGUGAGGUAAUUUUAGAUCCAACAAUUUUCAGACUAUAUGGAUCCAAUAUUCGAACUCUUAAUUUGACCUGGUGUAAUGUCACUAGAAUCGUAGACGGAUUGGCCUCAGCAUUGAUACAUAUGGACACUUUGCAACUCUUGUAUGCGAACAUUGGUGAUAGUAUUCAUCCAGCCCUCAGAGAAGUCUCUAAUAUUUCGAAUCUUAUUCUUAAUAGUAACAAACUCACAACUUUACCAGACUAUACAUUUUGUGCAGAGAACUCGAAGUGUUUGUUAAAGAUACUAAAUGUUGCAUAUAAUCGUCUGUAUUAUAUCUCAAAGAGGGCGUUUGAUGGUUUAGUGUUUCUCGAGCGUUUGUUUAUUGGAAAUAAUGACCUGCAUGUAAUAUUUAUAGAUACUUUGCUCGGCUCUCUACAUUCUUUACAGAUUUUGAAUGCAAAAAACAACAACAUAGGGCAACUUGUAUACAAUGUGACGACAGCACCUUUAGUUGAUAAUUUAACUUUAAAAAAACUUGAUCUAAGCUACAACAAUAUUAGAGAAUGGACAUGCGCACUACAUCUUCCUAAUUUGAUCUACCUAAACAUUUCGUAUAACGAGGUAUCCACGUUUGUUGAAAAUUGUUUUAACAUGACAGCGUUAGAGAAUCUAGAUGUUAGUUACAAUAAACUUACAAACUUUCCAAGCGAUAAUGAAUUUAUUCCCUUGACUUCAGAUCUUACUGUACUCUUUGAAGGAAAUCCACUAUUAUGCGCGUUUUUAUUAGACUUCUGUGAGAAGAUCCGUUUUCUUAAAAGGAACGAGUUGGGUUAUUUAAAUAAACAUGUUGCCAUUGGUGAUUAUAAACAUCUGAUCUGUGCUGGACCUGCUGAGCUUAGUAAUAAAACACUUGCUUCAAUUCCGACGGAGGAUAUUCAUUGUAUAAUUCCAAAAGACGGCUUAACUUGUCCUUAUUAUCAAACCGUUUCCGAUUAUCUCAAAACUUACAACUGCAGCUCUCGAAUUUGGGAAAAUGACCUUCCUGUAAACACAAACAUUCUAGAACUUACUGGGUCACUGAAACUCAGUAAUAUAACAAGAAUCCCAUCUCGCUUCAUUGUUAGUGACAACAUUCUUGAACUUUAUAUGAGUUAUAAUGAUAUCACUGAAAUAUGUCGUGGUGCUUUCGAAGGAUUACCAAAAUUAACAAAACUUGUUCUAAAUGAUAAUUACAUCACACGAAUAAGUGAUGAUUUUGCCAAACUCACGUUGAUAGAAGAAUUGUUUCUAAAUGACAAUUCCAUUCAAAGAAUAGAUUCAGCAUCAUUUUCAACGAAUGUCAAUUUAACUCAUUUAUAUCUUCAUAACAAUCAGCUGCAAGCUCUCCCAAACGGUACAUUUAAUCCAUUGAAAAGACUAAAACUCAUUUCAUUACAUAAUAAUAAAUUUAGGUGUGGAUGCACCUUACUGUGGUUGAAGCAGUGGAUAAACGAUAACAUAUAUAUAGUGUUGAGACCAUCUGAUAUUAUGUGUGUGAACGCAUAUAAUGGCAGCUUGACCACAGACGUCCCCAUUUUACAGUUGCUUGACGUGUAUUUUAACUGUAAUGCAUCAGGUGCACGAGGCACUCUUUAUGCUACAGUUAUUUCAGUAAUUACUUUAAUAGUAUUCAUUGCUUCAUUGUUAGUUUUACGACACAGAAAAUAUAUUCAGUGGUUAUUCUACGUUAAAUACCGAUACCGCCUGCUCAAAGAUGAUAAUAAUGAUGAAGAGGAUCUUAAGAAAUAUGAUGCAUUUAUUUCCUAUAGUAGUGAAGAUUAUCAAGUGGUGUUGUAUGAUCUAGCACCGGUACUAGAGGGACGAUAUCCGCCGUAUGAACUUUGCCUCCACUAUAGAGAUUUCCCCGUCGGUGCUCCUAUCGCUGAUACUAUUAUUGAGACUGUGGCGGCCAGCAGGAGAACGAUUCUUCUUCUAUCCCCAAACUUUUUAGAGAGUGAAUGGUGUUUACUUGAGUUCAAAGUAGCCUAUGAACAGGUGAUACAUGAUCGCAUGAAUCGUUUGAUUGUUGUACUCUUGGAAGGAAUUUGUGAAGAGAAACUCGACAAGAAUUUAAAGAAGUAUUUGUCCACUAAUAGCUAUAUUCACUGGAACGAUCCAUUAUUUUGGGAUAAAUUGUAUAAACUUCUGCCAACUGAUGACGUGCGAUUGAGUAGACUAAAAGAAAAAGAAUGUGACGGGAAUCCUAUAGCUGUC